AAGUUCGAAAGAAUGCUGAGCAGAUGAACCUAAGCGGGUUGUGUAUCUUCAAUCCAAACUUUAGCAUGAUUUACGUGGAGGGCGCGAGCAAGUAUAUACGGAAUUACAAGCGGCUUAUGAUACACCGAAUUGCAUGGACCGAGGCAUCGAGACCACGGGGUGGGGAAGAGGUAGAGCUGCAAGAAGAUGAAGAAGUGAAGAAGGAAGACGAGGUGUCGCUGGAGGAUAACAAGUGCUGGUUAGUAUGGGAGGGAGCAUUGAGGGAGCGAGCGUUUAGUUCGUUCAAGGCAAAGAGCUGCCCGACAGACUCUGCUGCGAAGGAUGUGCUUGGGGAGAGGCUGAAGGGGUAUUGGGAUCAGGCGAAGAAUUGGAAGGGCGAGGAGGAGGCGCUGUUUUGAUACCACGUAGCUUAUUAAUAAUCAUGAUGAUGUUAGGGGCUAAACAACAAGUUAUGGCAGACGUCGAUGUACGACGACCGUCCUCGCAUGGCCGACCGCGACAUGCAUCCCUGCGAGGCCCAGAACUCCACGCCCCCCGCCCCCGCCGACACCUUCCACUCUGGCUCUACGACCAAGACCCGUCGCCAGCCUCGUCGCGCGCAGCCUCGCCCACGUCGUCCGUGCGAUUCAUACCACCCACUUCUGCUCCACAUACCCCGUCCACUGCCGCACGACGACUAGUAAAGCACUACCCCCUCAUUCUGACGCUCGCAGCGACGACGCUGAUCAAAAUAUUGGUCGGGCUGGGGACGUACUCUGGGCAGGGGGCGCCACCGAUGUAUGGCGACUUUGAGGCGCAGAGACAUUGGAUGGAGAUUACGCUGCAUCUGGCGCCGAGGGAGUGGUACUGGUACGAGCUGGAGUGGUGGGGACUGGAUUACCCGCCGCUGACCGCGUAUGUGAGCUGGCUGUGCGGCUUCGUCGGCGACAAGAUCGACAGUAGAUGGUUUGCACUGGAUGCAAGUCGGGGAAUGGAAAGUGAGCACCUGAAACUGUUUAUGCGCUGGACGGUCGUCGUGCUCGACGCGGCGGUGUGGGUGCCGGCGGUAUUUUGGUGGGCGCGCUAUCGGCCCGGCUCAGCCAGCUCCAGAGCAAGAUCGGCAUCUGUGGUCACUAUCCUGCUCAAUCCGUGCUUGCUACUCAUCGACUUUGGGCAUUUUCAGUACAACUCUGUUAUGCUUGGCCUUACUCUGCUCGCCGCCUGUGCUUUUGUGAACAAGCGAUACCUUGUCGGUGCUGUGCUGUUUGCGCUGUCUCUUUCGUUCAAGCAGAUGGCGCUCUACUACGCUCCCGCCAUUGGCAUCUUCCUCCUUGCCACGUGCAUCCAGAUUCCAUUGCUCUUCCUCAAACUCGCCGUCGUCACUACCGUCACCUUUCUCAUCGUAUUUGCCCCGUUUCUCACCUCCCCUUCCCAGGCAAUACACCGUAUAUUCCCCUUUGCACGUGGCUUGUUCGAAGACAAGGUUGCCAACUUUUGGUGUCUGACCAAUGUCCUCAUCAAAUGGCGUCUUCUGCUCUCCGUCCAAUCCCUCGUACGCCUCUCCACCGUUUUAACAGUUCUCGCCUUCCUUCCUGCCGUCAUUCUCAUGGCACAAGCACCCGAACCCCGCCUUCUCCCGUACGCCCUCCUCACCAGCUCUCUCGCCUUUUUCCUCUUUAGCUUCCAGGUCCAUGAAAAGACCAUCCUCGUCCCCCUCCUUCCUGCUCUCAUGUUUGGUACAAAGUCAGAGUGGAUACCCCUCUUUACCAACAUCGCUGCCUUCAGCAUGUGGCCACUUCUCAAGCGCGACGGCGUCGGAGUCCAGUACAUCGCCACUCUUCUCCUCUGGAAUCGCCUUGUGGGAUGUAACCCAUUUGCAUUCGACAGCGUCGUCAAAAUCUUGUCUGUGGCUGUCUACGCUGCCGCGUUUCUACUCCACCUCGCAGAGUUCAUCAUACCCGCCCCUGCCCGAUAUCCUGAUUUAUGGGCAGUGGCCAACGUCUUGGUCUGCACCCCCGUCUUCUUCGCCGUAUGGGCCUGGAGUGUCAAGGCCGGUAUGCAAGAGAGGUGGGCAGGUGCACCUAUCCUAACAACAAAGGUUCAUUCAAGAACCAACUCUUUGUCACCGGCUGCCCCAAGGCCAAAGAGUCGUCUGUCGAGAGAGUCACUGCUUAGUUAAUCCUCGUAAUGCCGUAUAUUCCCGCUCCACUUUGACCCCCGUCUCUUGAUCUUGUCUUUAAGAGUUGCAACGCUCCCUCGUUCUCAAAAGCAAGAAACUUGACUUUGGUAACCAUUUCUCCGAGUGCGACGUUCCAUCAUUUUUAA